AAAAAAAAUAACAACAUUCGGUUAUGUAAAAUAUGUUAGAACACUUAUACUUGAUAACAACUAUUUUAGUAGAAUGAAAGUCAGCAUGUUUAUAGCCACAGUGGUAAUUAAAGGCUUCAUGGGAACAGAGUUAUGGGAAACUUGUUGCAUCUAGAAUCACAAGCUUUACAUUAAUAUUGGUGUAUCAACGUAAAGAAUGGAUACAAAUCAUUCUACAUCAUCUCCACACAGUGUACAUAAUGACACCCAUACAGAUAGUGGUACAACAGUUAACUUUGACAACUUGUAUCCUGCCAUCGUCCAAUGUUUUGCCGUCAUUCUCUUCGGUUACAUUGCUGGCCGAGCUAAUAUUAUCUCUACCACACAAGGAAAAGGAAUUGGAACUUUUGUCUCAAAAUUUUGUCUUCCUGCUCUGCUAUUCAAGAAUAUGUGCAUUUUGGAUUUUUCCAUUGUUAACUGGAUGUUUUUGACAAGUGUGUUGAUCUCAAAAUCUGUUGUAUUCAUAAUUGUUACAAUUGUAACAUUAGUUGCCAAGCGACCAGUAAAUUAUGGAUAUGCUGGAUUGUUUGCCAUUUUCUGUACACAAAGUAAUGACUUUGCCUUAGGAUAUCCUAUUUUACAAGCAUUGUAUGAUAAAAGCCAUCCACAGUACCUGAAUUAUAUCUAUCUGAUAGCUCCUGUAUCUGUUGUUAUUCUCAACCCAAUUGGUUUUUUAUUGUUGGAAAUUCAAAAAAAGCGGGAAGGAGUUGAUGUAGAAGUGUCUAAGAGUAUAAAUGACUCUGGUCCAAAAUCUGGGACAUGUGCCUUGAUACUGCAUGUGAUUAAAGGGGUAAUCACUAAUCCUAUUGUAUUCAUGACCAUCAUCGGUAUUGCAGGAAACUUCAUACUACGAAGAAAUUUACCUUUGGUUAUCUCAGAAAUUCUUGAUGUUUUAGGGGAUGCCUUCUCUGGAGCUGCUCUGUUUUAUCUUGGUCUAAGUUUAGUAGGGAAAAUAUCAGGCCAGAUGGGUCCACAACUUAUUGUACCAGUACUUCUAAUAGCAGCUAAAGCGUUAAUCCUGCCAUUAGUUACUUGGGAAGUUGUUGGUGCUUUAGAGAAAUCUUAUAGUAACAAGAAUACUACAGAGUCAUUGAGUAUGUUUGGCUUUUUAUAUGGCACAUUCCCAACAGCGCCAUCUGUCUUUUUAUAUGCCAGUCACUAUUCUAUUGGACAAGAUAUUGUAGCCACUGGAAUGGUAGCUGGUACAUUCUUGUCAGCGCCCAUCAUGUUUGUGUCUGCUAAAAUGUUAACAGUUGUAGUAAAUAGUGAGCUGGACUAUAAAACCCUGAUGUUAGAGACUUCAUUUGAUACUAGUAUCAUAAGCUUAGUCUGUAGUAUAUGGGUCAUAGUUUUGUUGUUCCUUAGUGGGAGAUACAAGAAAAUGCCACACCAGUUUCUUCUUUGUUUCUGUGUAGCUCAUGUGUUUAGCUGUUUAGGAUUGAUUUUGUAUGAAGGUACCCACUCCAAAACGAUAUCGUGGUUACAUCUGGUACAGUUUACCUUAAUCCUAGUUGGAGUUCUGUCAACAAGAUGUUGGACUGCAGUUAUCUCCCUUUGUUUGUACUUCCUCCAUUGUAGAAGUUUAUGUUUUCUUCUCAGAAUAAGAUGGUGGCUGAUACUUGCUGGUUUUGGGAUACCAAUGUUCUGUACAGGAUUAUUAAUUAUGUUGGCUGGACACCAUAUGCAUGCAGAAAUAGAUCCUUCAUUCCAUUAUGGGGAAGAUCAGACCAUCUUGUCCCUAGCAAUCUUGACUGUGUGUAGUACAAUUAACAUUGUCUGUCUAAUUCUUAAACAAAGGAAUUCAUCAGCAUAUUCUAAAUUAAGAGAACAUCAGAAUGGUGACAUAUUGAACAGUAAAAGAAAGAAAAAUGAUGGAAUAAAGGAUGACAGUCGUUGUAGGUUGUUAGGAAGGAGAGACAGUAAAGAAGAGGAUUAUAGAUCCAUGAAUAGCUGUAACAACUGUGAUAAUUCGUGUGAAGGAGUAGGUAGAACCAGUAUAGAAGAUAUAGUGCCUUUCCCUAAAGAGACUGAAAGUCUCAUUUCUGACUCGUCCAGUAAUAGUGGUGAUGGACUAACAGAUACAUAUGAAGUAGAACAGUGUGUGUAUGGCACGUGUGGUAUAGAACAGAGACGAAGGUGUGCUGGUCUACUGAGGAAGUAUAAUACAUCAGUGGUAGCUAUACCUGAUGAAGAUUCUGUAGGCAGCAAUCGAUCAAGGAAUGUUAAAGAUGAUUUCCAAAGUAACAGAUUUAUGUUGAUGUUGGUUCUAUGUCAAGUUUCUAUGUUUAUGGGAUUAUUCUUGUGUACUUGGAGACUUUUUAAUAGAGUUACAACAGGAACAUAUGUAGAAGUAGAAUUCCUUGACGGUGUGAUGAACUAUGGUCAGGGAUUUAUUAUCUUUGCUAUAUUUGGGUUUGAUACCAGAUUGAUAUUCCUGCCAUGUAUAAAAAGCUUGGUCAACUUUAAACGUAAAUUAUUAAAAAGGUGGCGUAAGCUUGUUUAUGGUGUAGAAAUUGUAACACUUCCAGAUUCUUCAGAACUUGAUGAAGAAACAAUGCAUUUAUGUGAACAGUUUAAGAAAUACCACAAAAAUAAUUGUUCUAAAGCUAUAGUAAAGGAUCUAAAAUAUAGGUUAAAAGAAUAUAAACAAGUAUUUACAGGAACAGACAUGUGUGACUGGUUAUUAGAAGUUGGUUUAGCACAUGAUAGAGGAGAGGCUAUAGAAUAUGGACGUUUUCUAGUCACAGGACACAUAGUUAGUCAUGUGACAAAGGAACAUCAUUUUCAUGACCUUCCAUAUUUUUACAAUUUUAUUGAAGAGGAAGAAGAUGCUUGAAAUUCAGAGUAUACUUUGAUAUGGUUGAUAUAUAAUGCUUACUUUUUGAAUUUAUCCAUUUUAUUUGUUUAUACUUUUUCACCAUAUAUGAGUUGUCUCCCAUAGUUUCAGAGCUGUCCUUUCUAGUAUCUCACACAGUUGAGUUCAUGGAAAUCAUUUAGUUUCUCGGUUAUUGAUAUUAUUUUAGAAAGUGAAAUAUUUCAGAGAAGUGGACAAAACAAAACAACAAAAAAUAAAUAGAUAACAUGGAAGUACAAAGUAUCAUGAACCUCAAAAUACCUACAUAGAAAGGGAGAUAACUCUACACUUAUUGGAUGUACUCCUUUCAUGAUGUCAAAGAUGAUAGUGAUCAUUCAUUAGGUUCAUAUUAUAGGGAUGAUUGCAUUUUGAUUCUGCAUUUAACUGAUAAUUGAACAUAUAUUUUUAUCUAAGUCAAUACAUAACACACUUUUAAACAGACAGCAUCAGUCGCAGGCGAGACACUUUUUGAAUUAUUUGGUCGAAAUUGCUACUGAAGAUGAUACUGGAACCUAUAGAUAAUUGGAUCAUGUAUUAGUCCCAGGGUAAUACAAGGCUUACAAACUUAUUUUUGUUACAAUGACAUAUUUUGAUAUUUUUAUUGUGUCUUUCAUAUUUCAUACUUUGUGUAUUUGUUGAGGUCCUAAAACAGAGGUGUUAAGAAACUCUCAUAUAUUCUAAAGCUUCUGUAUGUACUAAUCUAAAACAAUCUCUGUUACAAGUUUAUUUCACACAAAGAAGUUGUUAAUAUUAUAUGCGUAUUUGUCAUUCUUGCUAUAGACUAAACCCUAUGAAAUAUGUCAAUUCUGUGUUUAUUAAUCAUUUUUAACUUUAUACACUGAACAUGUAAUAAAAUUUCUCCUCAGAUUUUUCUGAUAUUUAAUAUUUCAUUAAUUAAUAUAUAUUCCUUUGCCUGUUAUAAUUUAUAUUCAUUGCAUUUCAUCAGAGUCUCAGUAAAGUGGUUUAUUUUUGUGAAGUUAAAAUUUUACAAAUUCUAUUUUCAAACCUUUUACAAGGUUUUAUUUCGUCUUUUUGAUUUUGAUUUUUGAUUUUGAUUGUCUAUAAAAGAUCAUAUUUAAGUAAUUGUAUAUUUUGGCCAUUUUAUCCUUAUCACAAAAUCCUACUUUACAAUAAAUUGUAUCAUUUACUUCGUUUAUUAUCCUCUUUAAAUAAAGAAUUUCUAUUAUAAAUUGUUAGCAAACAUGUAAAGUAUAAGCUAUUUCCACAUUGUAUUGUUUUUUUUUUUUCGCUUUAUGUAAAUUUUGCAAUGUAUUAAGGAAUCAUUUUAAAAGUUUUGGGUGAUAUUUAUGGGAUAUGGUUUAUUUUCUUUAAAACAUUGAAUGCUUAAAAUGUUAUAAAACAGUGGAUACUGGAUAUUGUCCAUACCAGAUCUGUAAUUACUGGAUAUUUUUUUGACCAAACAAACCUCUACUUGAUAUUAUUUUAUAAAAACACUUUAAAAUUCGCUGUAUUACAUCAUAAUCACAUUAAUUGUUUGAAUUCAUUCUUAUGAAAUAAUGAAAUAUGGUAAUUUAGUUAAAAAUCAAAUGUUUCUUUUAGUAGUUUUAAUUGGGUGUCAAAUUUGUGACAGAAAAAGUAAUGGUAAAAACAGGCAAUUACAAAUAAAGUCAAGCUUUUUGUUUUUGUUUUAAGUAUUCCAACACAUUGUUGUAACCUUGUAAUGGAGAGAAAAUGAAAAUAUCACUUUAUAAAUUUGGUGUGCUCAUAACCUUUUCUGGAUUGACCUCCAUCAGGAAUGCUCAGACCUAAACAUUUAAAAGACAGGGGAUGUAAAAGUAUGUGCAAAUGUUAGGAGCUAUAUCACUGAUAAAAUAAACUCAUCAGAUACCAGAAUUAAAAUGUUCUACGCCAGAUGAGCAUUUUGUUUACAAAAGUACCUAAAAAGAACAGCUAAAUUUGUCCAAGGUCAACUUUUCCUGAGGGAGUUGGAAACUUAGUUUUUUAAUAAUUUCUUAAUUUAUCAUGGAUAAUUUUAAGUAUGUUAUGAAUCAUGCCAUUUGAAACAGUUAUUGAUAUUUCCUUUAUUUUGGAAAUAAAAUACCAUAGGAUUUAUAUACAUGAAAUAGAAUCCUUAUGAAACACACAUGUAAUGUAAUUAUUAUAGGAUUAAACGCCUUUUUUAAGGAAUUUAUUGGUGUAUAAACUCGACCAAUUCACUCACAA